AUGUACAACAGCAGAAUCAUUCUCGCUGCUCUAGCUGCGGCUAUUGUCGUGGUUCAUGGACAUGAUCUGGAGCCGAACGACGUGCCUCCGGAGUGCAGAUCCAUUUGCCAGCCAGUCGUCGAUCUAGAGAACAGCUGCGAUCGUCAGUUUGAAGACGACCGUGAUAGAAGCACCCACGACCAGCAGUAUCGUGACUGCGUCUGCAGCACACAGAACGCAAACCAGGCUCUCUCGACUUGCCAGAAUUGUGUUGUCCAAUAUCCAAACUACUUUCUCGACCUUGAUGACAACGACACUGACGACAACGAGAUUGAACAGUGGCUCAGGGACUGCGGCUUCUCGACCGCUACAAAUCAGACAGGAAGCGCUGGUGUCACGCCGCCGUCUCCAAUAAGAGGACCGGGUGCUACUGGUAUCUUUAGCGGAUCUCUGACGACUGCGACAUACACCUACACCGAGAUUCAUCACGAUGUGAGGGGGCCUGGCACUGCCACGUACACCGGCAAGGACUCUGACACAAUCACCCGCGUUCUUGUCUUCCCGGCAGGUGCCACGCCGCAUGUGCCAGGCCAGAGCACUGUUUCCCGUACCACGGGCUCUGUCAGCUUCACUACAGCCACCACGACUGAUGCCCAAGGCAACACUCGAGUGGUCACUUCUCCAGCUACAACGUUUGAUGGAGCCGCAGCUGUUGCGACAGCAGGACCUCUUCUCGGUGCCGGUAUGGCUAUCAUGCUGGCGGGCAUGGCUCUUUAG